AUGUCUCCAGCCCUCUCCUGCCUGCUGCUGCUGCUGCUCCUGGUGGGCUGCCUGGGAUGCCAGCACCCUGCCUGCCGCUGCCUGGGCAGGGUCUUCAUCUGCCAGGAGAGCCAGGUGGUCCAGGUUCCCCGGGACAUCCCUGCCAACACCACCGAGCUGAGAUUUGUCCUCACCAAGAUGAGAGUCAUUCCCAAAGGAGCUUUCACAGGACUUGUUGACCUAGAGAAAAUAGAGAUCUCACAGAAUGAUGCCUUGGAGGUCAUAGAAGCAAAUGUGUUUUCCAACCUUCCCAAACUACAUGAAAUAAGAAUUGAGAAAGCCAACAACCUCGUGUACAUCGAUAAAGAUGCCUUCCAACACCUUCCAAGCCUCAGAUAUUUGUUAAUAUCAAACACUGGCCUUCGGUUUUUACCUGCUGUCCACAAGGUUCACUCUUUCCAGAAAGUUUUGCUAGAUAUUCAAGACAAUAUCAAUAUACGUACAAUUGAAAGAAAUUCAUUCAUGGGCCUGAGUUCUGAAAGUGUGAUUCUAUGGCUCAAUAAAAAUGGAAUUCAGGACAUUGAGGAUCAUGCAUUUAAUGGAACAUACCUGGAUGAGCUAAAUCUAAGUGAUAAUCACAACCUAGAAAAAUUACCAAGUGAGGUCUUCCAGGGAGCCAAUGGACCUAUUGUUUUGGAUAUUUCCAGCACGAAAAUCAGUUUCCUGCCAAGUCAUGGAUUAGAACUCAUUAAGAAGCUAAGAGCAAGGUCUACAUACAAUUUAAAAAAGCUUCCUGACUUAAGCAAAUUUAGAUCUUUGAUUGAGGCAAACUUCACCUAUCCUAGCCAUUGCUGUGCAUUUACAAACUGGAAAAGACAAAAGACCGAAUUGCAUCCGAUAUGUAGCAUAUCUCAGGUGAAGCAAGACUUUGAGGAGAAGCCUGGCAAAAAACUACAAAGAAGGUCUGCAGCUGAAGAUUAUAUUUCCAACUAUGGCAUAGGAUUUGACCCAGCAGAGAAUGAAUUUGAUUAUGGUUUAUGCAAUGAAGUAGUUAAUGUAGCCUGCUCUCCUAAACCUGAUGCUUUCAACCCAUGUGAAGAUAUCAUGGGAUACAACAUUCUGAGAGUCCUGAUAUGGUUCAUCAACAUUUUAGCCAUUACUGGGAACACUGUUGUCCUCAUUAUUUUAAUAAGCAGCCAAUACAAACUCACUGUUCCUCGCUUUCUGAUGUGCAAUCUUGCCUUUGCAGACCUCUGCAUAGGGAUCUACCUGCUGUUUAUUGCCUCUGUAGACAUCCAGACCAAAAGCCAGUACUACAACUAUGCCAUAGACUGGCAGACUGGGGCAGGAUGCAACGCUGCAGGGUUUUUCACGGUGUUUGCCAGCGAGCUGUCGGUGUACACGCUGACGGUGAUCACCCUGGAGCGCUGGCACACCAUCACCUACGCCAUGCAGCUGCACCGCAAGGUGCGCCUGCGCCACGCCGUGACCAUCAUGGGUUUUGGAUGGGUGUUUGCCUUCACAGUAGCUCUCCUUCCCAUAUUUGGGGUCAGCAGCUACAUGAAGGUCAGCAUCUGCCUGCCCAUGGAUAUAGAGACACCGUUUGCCCAGGCUUACGUUAUGUUCCUCCUGGUGCUGAACGUGCUCGCGUUCGUGGUCAUCUGCGUCUGCUACACCUGCAUCUACUUCACCGUGCGCAACCCCAACGUCGUCUCCUCCAACAGCGACACCAAGAUCGCCAAGCGCAUGGCCAUACUCAUCUUCACCGACUUCCUCUGCAUGGCACCAAUAUCCUUCUUUGCCAUAUCGGCCUCGCUCAAGGUUCCUCUCAUCACAGUGUCCAACUCCAAGAUCCUGCUGGUUUUGUUUUACCCCAUCAACUCCUGCGCUAACCCCUUCCUCUACGCCAUUUUCACCAAGAAUUUCCGCAGGGAUUUCUUCAUUCUCUUGAGCAAGUUUGGUUGCUGUGAAAUGCAAGCCCAGAUUUACAGAACAGAGAUCUCCUCGUCUGCUCAUACUUUCCACACAAGAAAUGGCCAUUGCCCUCCUGCAUCAAAAAACGGUGAUGGUACUAUUUAUUCUUUAGUUCCCCUGAAUCACUUGAACUGAAAUGCUUGCAUAAAUUUGUGUCUGAGGCGGUGUGCUAAUCACUUGCAAGUAUGUGAAUUUGAAUAAUGACUUCAGCAUAACAUGCAAACUUGUUUUUUAUGAAAAUUCUUUCCAAUUCCCUAUUUUUUGUUCAAUGAACAACUAUCAGACAUGACAUAUCAUCUUCAUCAGUUCUUGAAGAACAAAGUGCCGAAGUUUUCAUGUACAAACAUCUCAAGAAAUAAAUGAGAUCAUAACUGGUAUCUCCUACCAUGCAGGCAGAGAUUCCCUUCAUUCUGGGGAGAUCUUAGUUGCUUAUUGAGAAUUAAGUAGUGGUUAUAU